UUCCGGUUCACCCGCGGAAGGAGGAUGGCGUCGACAGAGCCUCUUGUGUCAUUUGGAGGGUCGAAGCGGCUCCUGGGAGACCGAGAAGAUGUCAAUAAGAGCCCUCUGGAAAACUGAGAAUAACAAGCCACAUUGGAAAAGAAAGCAAAGCCAGCCAGAAAUCAAAAUAUUUUCCAUUUCCUUCACAAAAUCACAAAAUUCUUCUUUCCAAGCAGUUGAGAGACAAAGGAAAGAAAAUUAAGAGGAGGUUUCAAGGUAGAAAAAGUAGAGUAUGAUAAACUCAAGAAUACGUUACAUGAAAGAUCAAGGGUGCUUAUGUUUCAUUCAGAAAAAUAGGGGUAUCUCUGGAACUCAGCGGAAAGAAAAAGAUAUUUUGGAUAGCCAUAUAGGGCUGACAGCGAUGCAGACCUAGCCCUGUGAGGAGGAAAACAGCUGGAAUUAAAGCACCAGUAAAUAAAUCAUCACACGUACAGUAUAUUUGACCUCAAGAAUAUUGCUGUUGGAAAAGCUCCUAUUGUGCCUAUGAUGGGAAAAGUACAGAUUGUAAAUCACAACUGAUUAUUCAGGAGAGGAUCCAUAUUGUAGAAAAGCCAUAGUAAUGCUAUAAAUGUGAGAAAUAGUUUAGUCUGAACAGCUCUCUUGUGGUUCAUCAAAGGACACAUAUAGGACAGAUGGCCUGCAAGUGCUUUCAAUGUGGUGAAAACUUUAGCAAGCAUAGCAAAAUCAGAGGACUCACACAGGAGAGAAACCAUAUGAGUGUCCAGAGUGUAGGAGAUUUUUCAGUCAUAAUUCCACUCUAGUAACACACCAGAGAACUAACAAGAACAGAAGUGUAUAAAUGUCCUGAAUGUGGAAAAAGUUCCAGUUGUAUUUCUAGACAAAUAAGACACAAGAGGAUUAACACAUGUUCAGAAUGUGGGAAAUGUUUCAGUAAUAAUUCCGACCUGGUGACACACCAGAGGACUCACACAGAGGACAAACCAUGUGAGUAUCCCGAUUGUGGCAAAGGUUUCAGUCAGAAUUCCGGCCUAAUGACACACCAGAGGACUCAUUUCCAGGACAAAUUGUAUGAAUGUCCUGAUUGUGGGCAAAGUUUCCAUAAGAAUUCCAGCCUUGUGAUACACCAGAGGACACACACAGGAGAAAAACCAUAUGAGUGCCCAAAAUGUAGGAAACGUUUCAAAAGGAAUUCCCACCUGGUGACACACCAGAGGACUCAUACCUUGGAGAAACCAUAUGAAUGUUCUGAGUGUGGAAAAGGUUUCCGAUGGAAUUCCCACCUAGUAUCACAUCAGAAGACUCACACGGGAGAGAAACCAUAUGAGUGUCCAGAAUGUGGGCGAUUUUUCCGUCAUAAUUCUACCCUAGUGACACACUUGAGAACUCACACAGGAGUGAAGCCGUAUGAAUGUCCUGAGUGUGGGAAUAGUUUCAGUCAUAUCUCCAGUCUGAUAAGGCAUCAGAGGAUUCACACAGGAGAAAAACCGUAUGAAUGUUCAGAAUGUGGGAAAUGUUACAGUAAUAAUUCUGAUCUGGUGACACACCAGUGGAGUCACACAGAGGACAAACCAUAUGAGUGUCCAGAUUGUGGCAAAAGUUUCAGUCAGAAUUCCAGCCUAAUGAUACACCAGAGGACUCAUUCCCAGUAUGAAUGUCCAGAGUGUCAGAAAUGUUUCAGUCAUAAUUCCUGCCUGGUAACACACCAGAGGACUCACACAGGAGAAAAACCAUAUGAAUGUUCAGAGUGUGGAAAAUGUUUCAGUAAGAAUUCCAACCUGGUAACACACCAGAUGACACACACAGGAGAAAAACCGUAUGAAUGUUCAGAGUGUGGAAAAAAAUUCAGACAGAAUUCCACCUUGGUGAGACAUCAGAAGACUCACACACAGGAAAAACCAUAUGAGUGUCCAGAGUGUGGGAAAAGUUUCAAUUAUAUUUCCUGUCUGAUAAGACACCAGAGGACUCACACAGGGGACAAACCAUAUGAAUGUCCAGAUUGUGGCAAACGUUUCAGUCAGAAUUCCCACCUGGUGACACACCAGAGGAUUCAUACAGGAGAAAAACCGUACGAGUGUCCAGAGUGUGGGAAAAGUUUCAAUCAUAUUUCCAGUCUGAUAAGACACCAGAGGACUCACACAGGGGAGAAACCGUAUGAAUGUCCAGAUUGUGGCAAAAGUUUCAGUCAGAAUUCCCACCUGUUGUCACACCAGAGGACUCAUAACCUGACUCACACAGGCGAGAAACCAUAUCAGUGUCCUCAUUGUGGGAAAUGUUUCAUUCGGAAUUACAGCCUGGUGAUACACCAGAGGACUCACACAGGUGACAAACCAUAUCAGUGUCCUGAUUGUAGGAAAAGUUUCAGUCAGAAAUCCAGCCUAGUGAUACACCAGAGGAUUCACACAAGGGAGAAACUCUUUGAAUGUCCUGACUGUGGAAAAUGUUUUAGUCUGAUUUCCAGCCUGGUGAUACACCAGAGGACUCACACAGGUGACAAACCAUAUCAGUGUCCUGAUUGUAGGAAAAGUUUCAGUCAGAAAUCCAGCCUAGUGAUACACCAGAGGAUUCACACAAGGGAAAAACUCUUUGAAUGUCCUGACUGUGGAAAAUGUUUUAGUCUGAUUUCCAGCCUGGUGAUACACCAGCGGACUCACACAAGAGAAAAACUCUUUGAAUGUCCUGAGUGUGGGAAAAGUUUUUUUCAGAAUUCCAAUCUUGUGAUACACCUGAGGACUCACACAGGAGAGAAACCCUUCGAAUGUCCUGUCUGUGGGAAAGGUUUCAGUCAAAAUUCUAGCCUGGUGAAACAUCAGAGGACUCAUACAAGAGAGAAACCCUUUGAAUGUCCUGAUUGUGGAAAACAUUUCAGUCAGGAUUCCUGCUUGGUGAUACAUCAGAGGACUCACUCCACAGAGAAACCAUAUAAGUGUCGAGAUUGUGGGAAAAGUUUCAUUAGAAAUUCCCAGUUCUUGAGCCACUUGAAAACUCACACAGGAGAGAAACCCUUUGAAUGUACAGAUUGUGAAAAAAAAUUCAAUCACAAUUCCAGCCUGGUUAUACACCAGAGAAUUCAUACAGGUGAGAAACCAUAUCAGUGUCCAGAUUGUGGGAAAUGUUUCACUCAGAACUACAGCCUAGUGAUACACAAGAGAAUUCAUACAGGUGAGAAGCCGUAUCAGUGUCCAGAUUGUGGGAAAGGUUUCAGUCAGAAUUCCAACCUGGUUAUACAUCAGAGUACUCACAAAAAUUGGAAACCCUUUGAAUGCCCUGAAUGUGGGAAAGGUUUUAGUCUCAAUUCCAACCUUGUGAUACACCAGAGAAUACACACAGGAGAGAAACCCUUUAGAUGUCCUUAUUGUGGGAAAAGUUUUUGUCAGAAUUCCAACCUUGUAAUACACCAGAGGACUCACACAGGAGAGAAGCCCUUUGAAUGUACUGUCUGUGGGAAAAGUUUUAAUCAGAAAUCCAGCCUGGUAAAACACCAGAGGACUCACACGUGGGAGCAACCCUUUGAAUGUCCUGAUUCUGAAAAAAGUUUCAGUCAGUAUUCCAGCCUGGUGAAACACCAGAGUACCCAUAUAAAUGGGAUUCCCCCAUUGCAAAAUUAACUAUUUUAAUUCUGGCGUGAUUGUUUUUACACAAAUACAAUAUGUCUCAAGAUUAAACUUGUAGGUGGAGAGAAAAGAAAAAUGAAAAAACAGCUAAUUACCUGUUUCUGUUUGUCAGCAGCAGUUUCUGGAUAUUUCCUUUUGCAAAAAAGGUGGAAUGCUUCAAAAAAGACUUUUGGAUGGUGUUUUUUGUAUAUCGAUUAAAGAAUUCCC